GUCACAGAGGUGACGUCACGGCGCCCAGAGCGAGGCUGGGGUAGAGAGGCCGAUUGAGCAGGAGUCGUCCGCUUGUCGUGGAGGCGGCUUGGGAGCCGGCGAGAGGGUGAGCGGGCGAGCAGGCGAGAGAGCUAGAGCAGGCAGGAGGGAGCGACGCGCGGCGCAGAGGAGCGCCAGGUCCGGGCCGCGGCGGAACCCACAGCCGGAGAGGGGCAGCCCGAGCCGUGCGCCGCGGGGUCCCCACCCCCACUCGGCCGGACAGUGCCCGGUGUUCCCCCCCGUGCGGGGGGCGGCGGCGGCGGCGGCGGCUGACGGGACCAAACAGGACCGCGGGGGUGUUGCCACCUCCAUCGAGGAGCCGGCGCGGCCGCGGGCUCCUCACAGCCGGGGCCCGGGGCCCGUGACAGGCGGGCUGAGGAAGGGCGAGAGGCGGCGGCGGCGCAGGCGACGGGGAGGCAGCGGCGACACCAUGUCAUCCCCUAGUCCGGGCAAGAGGCGGAUGGACACGGACGUGGUCAAGCUUAUUGAGAGUAAGCAUGAGGUUACUAUCCUAGGAGGACUCAAUGAAUUUGUAGUGAAGUUUUAUGGACCACAAGGAACACCAUAUGAAGGCGGAGUAUGGAAAGUUAGAGUGGAUCUUCCUGAUAAAUACCCUUUCAAAUCUCCUUCUAUAGGAUUCAUGAAUAAAAUUUUCCAUCCCAACAUUGAUGAAGCGUCAGGAACUGUGUGUCUAGAUGUAAUUAAUCAAACUUGGACAGCUCUCUAUGAUCUUACCAAUAUAUUUGAGUCCUUCCUGCCCCAGUUGUUGGCCUAUCCCAACCCCAUAGAUCCUCUCAAUGGUGACGCUGCAGCUAUGUACCUCCAUCGACCAGAAGAAUACAAGCAGAAAAUUAAAGAGUACAUCCAGAAAUAUGCAACGGAGGAGGCACUGAAAGAGCAGGAAGAGGGCACUGGAGACAGCUCAUCGGAGAGUUCUAUGUCUGACUUUUCGGAAGACGAGGCCCAGGAUAUGGAGUUGUAGUAGAAAAAGCACCUGCUUUUCAGAAAGACUAUUAUUUCCUAACCAUGAGAAGCAGACUAUAAUAUUCAUAUUUAAACAAAGCAAUUUUUUUUAUUACUAAACAAGGUUUUUAUGAAUAAUAGCAUUGAUAUAUAUAUAUUAUAUAUCACCCUUUAGAUCUUGAUUUCUUGGUCAUUUCUCAACCUGAGGUGCAUAGCAUAUUCCCACAUUCCAUUUUGGUAGCAAUAUGCGGUCCGAAUGCAUGCAUUGAUAAGUCCAUUUGGCCAAGUCAGCCUGUGUGCUACUGAACUGUCAAAAGGAAUAGCCGCUCUGAUAGAUAGGCCUGAGUCAAAAUAACAGGAAAAAGUCGCUUCUUUUAUUGAUGGUCCCAAAGAAACAAACCAAAACCAACCAGCUCUCGGAUGUGAAGAUAGAAUAGUGCUUUUUCAAAACGGAAAGGAAAAAAUUGGGGAGGAAAAGGCCUGCUGUGGGAGCAUUUAGAGCCAGCCACGUUAGGAUCAGAGCUGCUCCCUCCUGUGCAUCCCAGGUGGCCCCACUUCUGUGGAGUAACAAUAUAAAACAGGGAGCUCAUUGGAGUAUUGAAACUUAAAACGAUUUUUUUCGACUUGGAUUUUAAGUACAUUUUUAUAUGUAGAUCUCUGCCCUUCUUGCUACCAGGCCCUGCAGCCACAAGUGUUUUGUUUCUUUUUUUGCUUUGGAGAACCUUUUGGAAAUGGUUUUGCUGAAUUGGAUUCUUUUUUCUUUGGGGUAGAACUUAUUUUUCAGACCAUUUUUUGAGAGGACAGGACAGGAGGAGAAAAGUGACUGGGAAGAAGUUUCCUCUCCUGCGGCAGAGUCCGCCCUCAUUGUGCUGUUGGCCACUGUGAGACCGCUGCCCUGGACUAAGAGCUUUAACUUUGAGGGUGCUCGUGGGGGGGUUUUGUUUCAAGGUUUCGGGUUGGUGAUGGUUUUUUUUUUUUUAAUUUUGGUGUGUGUGCGUGUGUGUGCAUCGUGCUUAGGUUGCACAUUUACUCUUCACCUUCCAAGAGAUGGCCUCCCCCUUGGACAGCCGCUCAGUGGACCAUUAGACUCGGGAAGAAGACCCUGCUGGCGGCUGUGCCUCCUGGGUCCUCUCGCUCACAUUUUGAGUGUGUGUUCCCUUCUGCUGGCGCUCUUGACAGCAGCCUGGUCAUCAUCUGCCUGUGGAAAUGGGAAACGGGUAUUGUAGACCCAACACACAUUCUAAAUUUAUAAUGAGUAAUAAUUGGAACAAAUAAAGGUUCUUGUACCUAAAGUGACUCUCCAUGGGAAAAACAGCUUUUUUUUUUUUUUUCCUGAGUGAGACUGAAUAGGAGGAAAGGAUUCAGAAAUACGAUGUAGAACAGGUUUUGAAGGAAGAGAAUUUUCUCUCCUGUGUAUGUUAAAAGGAAAUCAGACAGUUUCAAUGCCUGCUAAUCAAAUGUUUAUUCAGCUAACCAUGUGUCCAGGUUGCUGGCAGAGUUUCUUUCAGAUCCAAGUGUUGCCUGCUGAAUUUGGAGAACUUCAGACAGUAGCUCUGUGGACUUUUGUUUUUGAUUUUUUGCCACAACCAAUAGGACAAUAGCAGAAUCAGCCAAUCCUAAAAUCUUCUAAAGAUGAUUUUUGAAUGUCCUACUGGGAGAAUUUAAUCUUUCUUUUUGAUGUGUGUUUUUAGUUUAGAAGUGCUAUAUUCCACAAGAUAUGAGUCAUUGAGGUUGGAAGAUACCCUAUCUUUUUUAUUCAGAAAGCACAAUCAGUCUUUUCUUUGAAAAUCUAUAUGAAAUACAACCUGCUUUUAGCAUGAUUAUUUUCCUAAAUAAAAAGCAAAUAAUUUACUUAUGUUAAUUACGGGCAUGAAGCAAAAGGUUUUCUUAAAAAAAAAAAAAAAAAGAAAAGUGCAGUCAAGUAGGGCUGUGGUUAGUUCACGUACUGAGUUCUCUCUAGCAUUUGUGGCUUGUUGGAAGGGUAGUAUUAACUAUUUAACAUGUAAUGGUGUACUUUAACUCUUAUCUAGCACGUUGUCUUCUCAUUACUUUGGGGGAGGGAGGGUCUCUGCUGGCACUAACUUGCUUACCUGCUGAAUUAGCAGUUUGCUUGUGCUAUAACCAUAAUCUGUAGGUGCGACUUAGGGUAGGCUUAAAGUGCUGGGUGGUGAUCUGAGUUCAAACAAUAAAAAAUUGUAUUUUUUCAAUAUUGUAUAAACAAUAGUGUUCUAAUUACCUUUCGGGAAAAAAAAAUAAUGUCCAGAUAAAAAUUGCUUUUAAUCUUGUCAGAAAACAAAGCAACAAAACUAGCAGAAGCAAGUUGAGGGAAGGCUCGCGAGCGUGCCACAGCUCUCCUCCCCAGCUUAAAUCCGUGUUGGUCUAACAAAAAGACUCCAGCUCGCUGCACUCGAGAGCACUGGCACUAGGAGUCUGGUGGUGCAGGAUUUCCCAGUUGGAGAUUUGUUGGGGGCGGUUGCAGGGGUUCAGAAGCUGGUACGAGUAUGGCUGCAGUGUGUGUGUGUGCACGUGUGUGUGCGCGCCCACCCGAGUCUGUGUGGUGAUGGUGCCUGUAGGCUUCUGUGUGAGCACUGGAAGCUCCUGGAAUAGCUGCCCGCGUCACACUGAACUCCCCCGCCUUCUGUUCAAGCCUGUGCUUUCUGGGCACUAACCUUGGUCCCGUGCAUGUGUUGGGCUCUGUGUGAAGCUUUUCCUCUCCACGGGGAAACUGCCUUUUGAUAAGCUGAACAGACUCCCUUUUUACACUAACGUUUGUCCCUUCCCUGUGCCUGAGAGAGGUAGGAGAGGAAGCUGGAAGAGGGUCUGGCUGUGAUUCUGAGGACUCUAGGCCCCCAAUAACAGAUGGUCGAGUGAGUCUGGAGCAAGGGGUGGUAUGACACCAAAAGCUUUUUUCCACGUUGUCCCAUCGCCACACUCUCGAGAAGCAUCCAGAGCCCCUCAGGAAGGCUGCACAUUUUUAAAGGUGGUAGUGGUAGAUCAGAGCUGCUUCCGGCAGUUUCCCUCCCCUUCUUUAGUACCCCUCACUUUUGAAAUCCUACCUGGUGGCUUAUCAGCACAAAGCAUUCUUUGCCCCUGUUCAAAUGACCGAGCUCCAUCUCUCACCAAACACAACAGACGAGAUGGCCUCACCAUGGCCCACUGCCCUCCAGCCUCCCCAGCACCGGGGCCUCACGGGCUGCAUUUUAUGGUAGCCAACCUAGACACUGGCAUUUAUGCAUUUUCGUCAAUUGUAUCACCCUCCUUGAGGUUACUGUGCAGGUUACCAGCGUUUCAUAUUAGUGAGAUAAUUAUCAGAAGUUGCCAUAUAUCUCUCCAGUACCUAACAUUUUUCUUCCACUCCAAAAGCGGUUCUAAUUGCCAACAGGCUGAUCUAAGCUCCAAAAGAGUGUCUCCCUCUGAAGCAAUCUUUCUUUCCCCCUCACAAGGCUCCCAGAAGCCCUAGUUGGCCUUGACCUGACACUUGCUUUUUAUUAGGCGUCCUGUUGGGGUGGCUGAGAAUCAUGAAAAACAGAUCCUCUGCUAGCCUCCAUGGUGAAGUUGUUAGACACCAACUUUCUGGGAACUCGUGUUUGAUUUUUAAAUGGCAUGUGACCCUUCUGUGUUCUGGGGACUCAAUCAGAAAGGUAAAAGCCAUUAACAAAAGUUAGUAAGAGUUUUAUUCAUCUCAUUAUCUUCCUGCCUGGGUUCACGGCCUUACUGACUGAAAUCAAAUCAUUUCUGAUUGGACGCAGACCUGCGUUUCUUUGGACUUCUGAAUCCAUGUUCAUAUUUUCUCUGGCCACUGAACACCUUGGAGAUUCCAUUAGGGACUGGAUGGAGUGGAGGCCCAUUGGGGAAGGGGUGCAGGUUCUCCACUCACCUGAGGAAGGGCCAGGACUCUCUUAAGUCAGCAAAUAAUCGUCUUGGCUGUGGGUUUGGGAAGAAAUGGCCGUUAUUUACUGAUUGUAUUUGGUACAUAUUGUGUGAUACUUGAAGAGAUAAAAGGGAUUUACCAGCCCUUAAUUGAAAUCUAAGCUUUUUAUCACUUAUUUUUUCCUUGCCCCCUGUCCUCCCUCCCACCUUUCUCCUUGCAUUGUGAUGAUCUAGUGGGCACUUCUGUCAACAGGACAAAUGCCUCUUCUGACUAUAACCUCUUAAUAGUUGUGUAUAAUGAAAAACUGUAAACUUUUUUUAAAUAAAAUGUGUAUAUACCUUG